UAUGUAAAAUUGUCGUCUUUUUAGUGCAAAUGAAAACAAAAUAGACGCAACAAACGUGGCAGUAACGACACAUACAAGCAACAACAGUGAAGCAACAAAGUUGAAAAAAUCAAAAACUCUCGAUGGUGGUGGCUCAAUAGAAACGCCCAAACUUUCGACAGGAGCAAAUUCUAUCAUGAAAUCUUCAAAAACUCUUGGAAAUGGAGUUUUGCCCCAGCAGAAUCAUUCAGCUCCACUAAUGGAGCCCAAUAGAACAUCGGAUUCUUAUGGUGCAAAUCUUCAGUUUCCUUUUACACCAUCAUCAGGUUCAAAAUCAAAGAUGUCGGAUAAUGCACACACUGGUCCAUUAGCUGCUUCACGGAGUGCAGGAAGUGAAAGUUAUAAUGAUGACGAUGAUGAUGAUGAUAAUGAUGAUGUUGUCAUGCAGAAAAGAAAGACUGAUAUUAAGGAAGAAGUAUUGGGAAGUGAUGAUGAGGAACAAGAAGACCCAAAAGACUAUAGAAGAGGUGGCUAUCAUCCAGUUUCAAUUGGUGAUGUAUUUAACGGACGUUAUCACGUGAUUCGGAAGAUGGGAUGGGGUCAUUUUUCGACAGUUUGGCUUUGUUGGGACACAGUAAUGACACGUUUUGUUGCUUUGAAAAUCGUAAAGUCGGCAGAGCAUUACACAGAAGCUGCAAUGGAUGAAAUUAGAUUACUGAUGGCAGUACGCAAUACCGAUGGAAAUGAUAUGUUUCGUGAGCGAGUUGUGCAACUUUUGGAUGAGUUUUCGGUAACUGGUGUCAAUGGAACUCAUAUUUGCAUGGUUUUUGAGGUUCUUGGGUGCAAUUUGCUGAAAUUGAUUAUUAGAAGUAAUUACCAAGGUCUUCCUUUGGAACAAGUGCGUGUCAUAAUCAGACAAGUACUAGAAGCGCUGCAAUAUCUUCACGAGAAAUGUCAAAUAAUACAUACUGAUAUAAAACCUGAAAAUGUUCUCGUCACUUUGUCACACGAACAAGUAAAGCGGAUAGCGGCGGAAGCGAUUUUAUCAGGCAAAUUGGGCUUUAAAUUGUCAGGGAGCGCCGUCAGUACUGCUCCUCAACAUGUGGUUAAGAAAGUAGAAGAAACUAUGACUAAGAACAAAAGAAGAAAGUUAAAAAAGAAAAGGAAAAAACAGAGGGAACUGUUAGAGCAGCAGCUUACACAAAUGGAAGGACUGACGGUAGAUCCAGAUGUUGUGUUGGCUUCUUUGAAUUCGGAAGAGCGAAAUAAGGUAUUUGGUUUACAGAAAUGCUAA